CUCGACCACCCAUUGCAUUCCUCACUGGAGGUUUCCUUCAUAUCAUGGAAAAGCCUAUAUGCAGACCGCAAGCGACGGAUGAGAAAAAUGUGACGGAAGAAACAAGAGAGACUAGAUUUUUCUUGCAAAUAGGGGUCUUUUGAAGGUCAUUCGCAUGAAAACAUACAAGCCCCCAGAUAGACACAAGGAAUUGCCAUUCAAAAGCACUGACAGGCCAGAGGCAACGAAGGAGAGAAGUUGAAAGCCAACAUGACGAGCAUUUUGUACUCUGCAUCACCUGCUGAAAUGGGGUCGAAAUGUAGAUUCUUCCGCGGAGAACUCUGUCAGGAUUGGACAGUGGUCAAUCAUAGCGUACAAGGAGCCAGGCAAGUGGAGAGGCUUGAUUACAGGAAAGCUCUAUCAUCCAACUCUGGCAGGGUAUUCAAGAAUCUCAAAGCAGUGGCGUACGAGGUGUCCACAGAGUCAGAGGCUACAACAUCUCCUGGCGCAUAUGAUGAGAAGAUGUUAGCAAACUAUGUACCAAUCUACGUAAUGCUCCCUCUGGAGGUCAUCACAGUUGAUAACACUCUCGAGGACAGAUAUGAGAUAGAGCAGCAGCUCAAGAAACUGAGUGCAGCAGGCAUUGAUGGAAUAAUGGUUGAUGUCUGGUGGGGAAUUGCGGAAUCCAAAGGUCCUAAACAGUAUGACUGGACUGCAUAUAGGAGCCUAUUUCAGAUUGUUCAAGGAUGCAAUCUGAAGAUACAAGCCAUAAUGUCGUUCCACCAAUGUGGUGGGAAUGUCGGAGAUGAGGUAAACAUCCCAAUUCCUCAAUGGAUAAUUGGCAUCGGAGAAAAAGACCCCGAUAUAUUCUACACAAAUAGAAAUGGCAACAGGAACAGAGAAUGUCUCACAAUCGGUGUGGAUAACCAACCUCUCUUUUACGGAAGAACUGCUGUGCAGAUGUAUAGUGACUACAUGAAGAGCUUCAGGGAAAACAUGUCAGAUUUCCUGGAAUCAGGACUGAUAAUAGACAUUGAAGUAGGUUUAGGACCUGCAGGGGAGCUGAGGUACCCCUCUUAUCCAGACAGUCAAGGCUGGGUUUUUCCUGGUAUCGGGGAAUUUCAGUGCUACGACAAGUAUCUCAAAGCAGAAUUCAAGGAGGCUGCAAUAAAUGUGGGUCAUCCCGAAUGGGAACUCCCUGAUAAUGCAGGAAGUUACAAUGCCACACCUGAAUCAACAGAAUUCUUUGGUCCAGACGGGACAUACCUCACCGAGAGAGGAAAGUUUUUCUUGACUUGGUACUCAAACAAAUUGAUAACCCAUGGUGAUCAGAUAAUGGAUGAAGCCAACAAAAUAUUCCUAGGCUGCAGAGUCAAGCUAGCGGCCAAGGUAUCUGGCAUACAUUGGUGGUAUAAAGAUGAUAGUCAUGCUGCAGAGCUCACUUCAGGAUACUACAAUCUUAACGACAGAGAUGGCUACAGACCUAUUGCGAGGAUGCUGUCAAGGCAUCAUGCAAUUCUUAAUUUCACAUGUCUUGAGAUGCGAGACUCCGAACAAAUUGCUGCUGCUAAAAACGGGCCUGAGGAACUUGUACAGCAGGUUCAUAUUUUGCAGGUUCUGAGUGGAGGUUGGAGAGAGAAAAUUGAGGUAGCAGGAGAAAAUGCACUUUCAAGAUAUGAUCGAGCUGGCUACAAUCAGAUACUUCUAAAUGCUAGGCCCAAUGGGAUCAGUAGGGAUGGCCCACCAAAGCUGAAAAUGUAUGGAAUAACAUACCUUCGUUUAUCAGGCAAGUUACUCGAAGGAAACAACUUCAAGAUAUUCAAGACAUUUGUGAAGAAAAUGCAUGCUGAUCAGGACCACUGUGCAGACUCAAGAAAGUAUGGCCAAUGUCUAGAUCCACUAGAGCGUUCAAAUCCAGAGCUUUCAAUUCAAGAUUUGCUAGAAGCAACCGAACCAAUGAAGCCAUUCCCAUGGGAUAAAGAGACAGACAUGGGCGUUGGUGGUGCACUUGCUGAUUUCUCAGACAAAUUCAUAGAAAAAAUCACCUCUAUUUUGAAGUGAGAAGACCAUAGAACGACAGAGUGAAUAGCAGUACCAUAAUGGCCGCUGUGGCACGGAAAUCUCCAAAGAUCACAGAACGUCCUUUCAUGGCAAAUCAGAUCCCGUAGGAGUAAAGCUGCUGCUCUCCACUUUUUGUUCCUAUACAAAUAGAAUGCGUCCAAACUUAGUUCUCACCAAUAAUCGCCACAAGAACAAUUUCCUUCUCUAAA